AUGCACAUCGACUCCCACUUCCGCUGGCGCGAUAGCGGCGGUGCCCGUGUUUCGUCCUUUUGGCGGACGCCAGCUCGCCGUUCAAUUGCUGCGCGCCCUUGCGCCUGGCUUGCCGUCCCAGCCUCUCUAGAACUGCCCAAGUCCCCUAAUCCCUCCGCGGAGGAGGGGGAGGAGGAGCAGGAGGACGAGGAUGUGCGCGCCCGUGCAAUCUUGACCAGACGGCCAACGCUGAUGCCAAUGUCUCGAGGCCAGCGCAGGGGGCCGCAGCUGAUGCUGCCGCUCCUGCUGUCGUGCCCCUCUUUUGCGGCUCCCGCCUUACCUCGGCAGUGGUCCGAGGAAAGGGUGGUCCAUGGCCAGGCCGACCGCCUUUCUUACAAGGCUGCGCCGAGACGCGCAUCAGCACAGCAGCAGAAACUGUUAUCAGGGCCCUUGUAA